AUGGAGUACUUUGAUCAUUACAGCCACCAUACGGCUUCGGAAGCCAAGAAGGAGUAUUUUCUUACGACAAAGGACUUGGCGCAUGUUCCCUACAAGAGCGAAUCCUUUGGUUUUGGAACGGGACGUCCCACUCGAUGGUACAAGUUUGAUGACUUGGAGGCAGUCGCAUUGGCCAAACAUGGUGCGGCGGGGUUGGCCAAGAAGCGAGCUGCCCGCAAGAAGCGUCAAUUCAAUCAACAGCAGAAGGAACUAGCCGCACAAAAGGCCAAGGAAGACUUGACGAAAAAGGUGGCAUCUAGUAGUAGUAGUAGUGCUAAUGAUGAGAAUGCUCCCAACAACAACAACGCCACGGAAGCUGCUGGAGUGGUGGUCUGUAGCGCCAAGGAUCUCCAGAAACUUCAAAAAGAUAUCCAGAAAGCGUUCAAGCCAAUGAUCACAUAUGACCACAUGCGCCGCAAGAACAAGCAAAACUAUUGUGAAGCCAAGGUGGAGGUCCCUCGUGUCCCCACGGAACAAUACGCAGCCUUGAUUGGACGUCCUGCGGACACCAAGUUGACUAGUGUAGUCAAGAAAGGUGCCUGGUAUCGUGAAGUCGUGUCCUAUAAGACCGUGAUGGGCCAUUCCAAUCCCAUGACUGGUAGUGGCGGUAGGUAUGGAUGCAAUAGCGAGUUGGGGAUCGAUUCCAAACCCGACUUGGUGAUUACAGCAGCAGAGGUAUUCUAG